CAUAGAUAACGUCUUCGUCAGUCUUCAGAAACGCACUCAUUUUCAGUAAAAAGCUCUUGCUAUGGUCGAUUAGAAUGUAGGUGUUUUAUUUGUAUUCCAUUCAUUUUGAGUCUUACAUUGUUGUAUUAUAACUAAAAGUGAACGUAGAAUGGUGAAUUACGAACAAAAGUUGAGGUGAAUUGACUUUUAUUGUGCUUAAACUUUAGAAAUGGCCAGUGAAUCAAACAGUGUAAGGACAAAGUUAUGUUAAUGCUCUCCCCAUGUCACCGGGUUCCACCUAUGUACCUGGCACUUGAAGACGUUGAAGUGUCGGCAGAGAUGGUGAAGUGAGCGAAGCGAGAUGGUGCCUUGCGUGGUGAUAUUGCUUCUGUUCGGGGCUUCGCUCUUGCACGCUCUCGACAUAUCUCAAUGCAUCGCGCCUCUCGGCAUGGAGAGCGGCCUGAUUCCGGACAAGGACGUCAGCGCCAGCUCCUCCUUCAACGACGGCAAUGUGGGACCACAGAAUGGAAGAUUAAAUCAAGAAAUAAAAGGAGGCGCCUGGUGUCCUAAGUCCCAAAUAACGACUGAGUCGACGGAAUGGCUGGAGAUUGAUCUGCACUCAGUUCACGUGAUCACCGGCGUGGGCACCCAGGGUCGUUUCGGCAACGGUCAGGGUGCUGAGUACGCUGAGGCCUACGUCUUGGAAUACUGGAGGCCGAAACUGGGGAAAUGGGUGCGAUAUAGCUCCGCUGAUGGACAGGAGAUCAUGUCCGGAAACACGAACACUUACUUAGAGAAGAAAAACCACCUGGAACCACCAAUAUGGGCGUCGAAGAUCCGCUUUAUCCCCUACAGCUCUCAUCGGAGGACCGUCUGCAUGAGGGUGGAGAUAUAUGGUUGCUAUUGGAGCGUUGGGAUAGUGGCGUAUUCGAUGCCGAAAGGGAACAAGAAGAGUAACGGUGUAGAAUUAACAGACAUGACAUAUGACGGACAGUGGGGAGACGAGCUCAGAGGCGGACUUGGGCAGCUUGUGGACGGGCAGUUCGGGGGAGACGAAAUCAGGGAGGCGGCGAAGAACUCUGCUUGGGUUGGAUGGAGAAACGACUCGGCUUCACCGCCUGUCAUCACCUUCGAGUUCGACAAAGUGAGGGAAUUCAGCGCUGUGCACCUCUACUGCAAUAACAAGUUCAUGCGCGAUGUGCAGGUGUUCUCCGAGGCGAUAAUAUCUUUCUCGAUCGGCGGGCGGCACUUCCAGAACGAUCCGAUCCGCUACACGAACGUGGAGGACAAGAUCUUCGAGAGCUCGCGCAACGUGAGCAUAAAGCUGCACCACCGCAUCGGCAAGUGGGUGCGCAUCGAGCUCCGUUUCUCCGCCAGGUGGAUCCUCAUCAGCGAGGUCGUCUUUGACUCUGACGUGGCCCAAGGAAACUACACGCCAGAGAGCCUCAAACCUCUAUCCAAAGACAAAACGAAGCAAAUCACACCCAGCAAAGAAGUGCCCAUAUCCACUGCGCACCAAGAAGAUCCUCUGUAUAUGGCGAUCGUAGUCGGAGUUUUGACGGCCCUAGUUAUUUUACUGGCAGUCGCCGUGUUUCUCAUAGUGCAUAGACACAGACACAGAAAGUGCUUCGCGUCGCCGCUAGCGAAAACGACGGUGGCCCAAAAGCGAACUGCGGACAGUUACAGCGCCUGUGGCACGUCGAUGUUGCCAGAUAACAAAAUGAUCAUAGACUGCGGGCUGGACGUCAAAUCCGACGAGUACCAGGAGCCCUAUCAGGCCCUGAAGUGCGCGCCAUACUUUAGUUAUAGUACUGUUUUACUUGAGAUGAAAGACUUUGUUAAGGACUCCAAUACUGCGCUUUCAGACAGCUCAAAUUACGACUACGCAGUGCCGGAGCUGAGUUCGGCGCCGUUGUUGACCAAACGUCGCAUGGACAGCUUGUCUCAGCACGGUACAUUAGUUUGCGAUAUGGAUCGCGCUAGUUGUCUACGGGAGGAACAUAGCACUAGGUCGCCAAGCCAGCAAGAGGUAUUCAUGGAGUUGAAGCGACGUCUGGAAUCGAGCAACGUUAUCGAGUUUCCGCGCCACCGCCUACGCAUGAUCUCUAAACUUGCUGAGGGCGGCUUCGGCACGGUGUACGUGGCAGAAGCAGAUGGAGUGCCAGAAUACAACGGGACCAUCACCUCCGAGAAGCGAUUGGUUGCAGUUAAGUUCCUGUGCCACGACGCUACGAAUAAGGAGAGGUAUAUCAUGGAGGAGUUUGAGCGCGACGUGCGCAUCCUGGCCGCGUUGUCGUCGCCGCACCUCGCGCGCGUGCUGGGCGCGUGCCGCUCUCCGCCGCUGGCCGUCGUGCUAGAGUACCUGGAGCUGGGCGACCUGUGCGCGUUCCUGCGCAGCUCCGCGCCGCAGCCGCCGCCCGCGCUGCUGCACAUCGCCACGCAGAUCGCCGCCGGCAUGCAGUAUUUGGAGUCGCUCAACUUCGUGCACAGGGACCUCGCUGCCAGGAACUGCUUAAUCGGCAAGAAUUUCCUAGUAAAAAUCAGCGAUUUCGGGACGGACAAUGAGGCGUACGCGUGCGACUAUUACAAGGUCGACGGCCGGAUCCCACUACCCUUGCGAUGGGCGUCCUGGGAGUCCGUGCUGCGGGGGAAGUACACCACCAAGAGUGACGUGUGGGCAUUCGCAGUCACCUUGCACGAGAUCUUCACCAUGUGUCGCCGAACGCCGUACGAACACAUGACUGAGACUGAGGUGUUAGAGAACCUGACACACUUGCAAGCGAACGACGGACUAUUCGAAGUGAUAGACCGUGCACCUGGGUGUCCCCGCGACCUCUACGAGCUGAUGUGCGAGUGCUGGAGGCGGGACGACCUCGAGAGGCCAGCCUUCGCCGAGAUCCACCUCUUCCUGCAGCGGAAGAGUCUCAACUAUGCGACCACGUGAUGCCGCGCCCGUCGCCCCGACGUCGGCGGCAUGUAUUAGCGAAACUCGCGGAGCAAACGUUGGCGCGAGUGCUAUUGCGAAGAGGUCACUAGGUUCUAAUCAGGAUUGUUGGGUAAUACACGCAUUAUAAUUAUUUUUUUCAUUUUUCUAGACGAAUUAAUCGAUCUUUUAUUUUUAGCGGGUAUGUUCUUUAUAACACUGGUAUCAGAUUUUAUACAAAUCGUUUACUUUCAAAGCUGAUGUACACGGAUCAGCUGCAAAAAGAUACCAAGUCUAUUAAUUAAUAAAUAUAUAAAAUGACUUAUUUCAAUAUGUAAGUGGGUAGUAGCCACCUCUGCUAGCAGGCAUAUUUCGACUAUUGCUCAGAUGAGAACUUGGUUCUCAAAUUUUAGUAUAAAUAUAAACUGGUUAUACUUGUUAACCAGACACUACUUGAGGAACAGUAAUUGGCAACUAAAUUAUUAGCGGGUUCUAAAAAUAUUAGAUAUUAUACUGAAUUUUAUACAAUGAUAAUAAAAAAGGAAGAUUUAUAGCGAACGUUAUGGAUCUGUAGCAAAUGCUUUUAAAGUAAGAAAUAUUGUCUCAUUGAAGAUUAGAAAUGGGCGCGUGUAAUUUGUUCAUUUACAUGCGAUUCGGCAGGAUGCUGCGACCUGCAGCUUGUAUGAUGUUUAUUUUAUUGUAGUACUUUUUCUAAUAGAAAAAAUAUUUUAAGCUAUAAUAAUUCUUAAAUGCGUGUAUUACUAAACUACUGAUAUAGAAAUUUGAUAGUAUGAAACGGAAUGUAUGCGAUAAAAUUUAUUGAUAAAAUAUAAAUUGGCCUAACAAAAAUCCAACAUUAAAUACCAAACCAAAUAAUUUAUUUAUGACUAUAAUGUAUAUCGUUAAAAAAUCGCAUUUUCCGAAUGGAAUGUCGAUUGGUUUUCGAUUCGUCUUUGUAAAGUGUCUUGAUGUCGUCAUUGGUUUUGCUUGUUAUAAAAUUUAAAAAAUCUUGUGAGGUUAUCACAUCGUUUUAUAAAAUGAGACGAAAGAAAAAAUUUAAAGACAUCGAUUUUGAAAUAUUAAAUUAAAAAUCGAAAACCAACCACUAGUGACCAAACAGACAGAAGGAUUCAACAUUUGCUCCGGAAGUACAUACAGCGUACAUUCACGUUUGACGUGCUUGCGCACGACGUGCGUUCGUGAAACGUACGACGUGCGAAUGUCAACGUGACGUGUAGGUCCUUAACCCGUCAUCGUAGCGUGACAAGGCUACUCUUUGUUUAAAUUUGAGUUUAUUCUACGCUAAGAGCUUUACUGUCGUUAUUUUUAACUUGACUCGAUAUUUUAAAAGCUAAGUAGGUACUGUUGUAAAGACUGAUAGAAUCUCUAUCAAUGAUAAUCGUAGGCUAGAUCGUUGUCAAUAAUCGUAUUUCGUGAUUCAUAUAUUUUUUAAUAAUUUCAAUCGUGAGAUCGUUAUGCAAGGUUAUUGAGUUUACAUGUAUUUAUUGUCGCAUUAAAUGAUUGUAUUAUUAUAUUUUACUACGAAUUAUUAUUUAUGAAAUAUAGUGUUUGCUAUUUACAUCACAUAUUUGUAGAAUUAUCGAGUAUUCUUCGUGAUAAUUACUAACUUACACGAGCUUUACAACAUUAAAUACACUUAAUUAGUUAAGGUUUUUGAAAUUACUUUAUGCCUAUCUAGAUAAGGCGGGAAUUACAUAUAAAAUGCUUAUUAGUCAUGAGUGAAAUGAUCUUUAUUUUGCAAAAUGUCUUAAUUUUAGAUUUUUUUAAAAAUCUCUUUUUAUAUUUUUAUUAUUAACAGACUAUGAAUUUGUAGUAGUUGGCACUUAUUUAUUUUUAUUAUCAAUAGAUGGUGCGCGAUGCGCGUAGAAACAUAAAUUCUUAAUUAAAAAUAUCUUUGACUUCUGUAGACUCUAUAAAAAUUCCUCAUAUAUUUUUUAUUAUCUCCUAUGUGCAGACAUAGGCCAGUGACCAGUUUUAUUGUUUGUAUAAAUUCUGAAACUCGCGUAAAUGUGUGUCUGAGAUAGAAUCGCGAACGUGCUAACUCUGUCGCCGACACAUAACGAAUGCGUCUGCUGGUUGAUAGUCAUAAGCUCGUGUGAGAUAGAUAUAUAAGUAUUAUUUUCGUGAUCGGAACAUCAUGCUACGAUGCAUAGGUUAAAUAUUAUUUGGAGUCUCGUGUGAGCUACGUAUAAUAGACAUAUGCAAUCUGAUCUUCCUUCAUUCCCUCAGAGCUAUCUAAAUGUGUUCCCCUACACCCCACUUGCCUCUGCCAUCAUACAGUUUGAAAUCGCUUUGCACCCUUGUCCAAAACCACAACACAUAUAUAUUUUUAGAUAAGUCCCUUAUGAUCAGGCGGCCUAUUUAGUGUAUGUAUUUUAAUAUGUGGUUACUGUAUGUCUGUAUUUUUGACACAAAUUAUUUUAGAAUAAGUACCUACAUACUCGUAAGUUCACGCACCAUUAAUUCACAAAACACUGCCUCGCUCAAGCAUUUUAUUACAAUGAUGCAUGGAAACACUACAUACCUUAAUUAUAAAUAUUUUUAUUGACGUACAACGACAAAAUGGCCAUAGAUUAUGAUAGUUAAGUGGUUUCACAUAUCAAGUUGUAGUCGGACAAGGGUUCUUAAAAUUCUAUUGCGUAUUGGAUGUGAAUGAUAGGUGUUUGAGCUAGAAUAUUUAACCUUCAGCAACAUUCUUCGUUCGCGAACGUGAACUAUCAAUGCUGCUUUAGCCAUUGCAGACAUGGGAGAGAGCGCGUACUUGCUGGCCUCGUUUAGUAGACAUCUUAGUAGCGGAUGACAGCUUUCAAUUCUUAUGAGUUUCACGCACCAUUUGGCAGCACAUAAGUUUAAACUAACAUCAGUAAUAUCAAUGAAUUUAAAAAAAUGUGUGAAUGAUAUGACGUGCGCGAUGUCCUUAUUUGAAUUUCGAACUAGGCAAGCCCCGGUGUAGGACUAGGUGAAGUUACCAAUCCAUAGUCAUUUAUUUUCAUAUUCGAAUUUCACAAAACUUAAAUUAGUAAUAUCAUAUAUCGUAAGUUGUUAGUUCUAGUUGCAAUCUGAAUCGAAUAAAAUUUUAUUAAAAGUAUUUAAUUAGUUGAGAAGUUGUCUAUUUUCCGUAGUUUGCCGUCGAGUAUACAGUUCUGACAAUAUAACAGCGCACGGUUAGUAAAUGUACCUAUUAUCACGUUAAUGUUGCCCGCAGAUACACACGGUGAUCGCCAGAGUUAAAAAUUAAAUACCAAAAAUAAUUAUAGUGAUCCGUACUUAUUUUAUGUACUUCAUUUUGUAAUAACGUUUAUUAGUCUUAAGGUUUAGAUGUAUAGCUUAAAUGAAACAUUUUACACAGUUUGUUAUUUUUAUAUGUUCAAUUGGGACUUAAAUAUUUAUUCAGAGGUGUCAGGCAUGUUUCAUUCUCAGUACAAAAACUUUAAGAUUAGAACUAAUAUCAUUUUGGAUGACAGUUUUAUAUAAAUUUAAUCGCAUUUUAGGAUUAAGCAAAAUAUAUUUACCAGCGUGUGUACCUGCGUGUGAUGCCAAGUUGACGCGAGGAUGGUAAACGAUUUUAAUAUACAGAUACAAAAUAUUGUGAAUGAAAUUAACGCUUACUAACAUUGCGUCAACUCGGCACAAGCUUGUAGCGUACUCUAGAUGUAUAUUCUCUGUCGUGGACCGAAACGUGCGGCUUAAACUCUGAGCCUAAUAAUCAAGCACCUAGUUUUAAGGCGUUUAGUUGCAAAGUAGUAAAGUUAUCUUAAUAUUGUGCUACUGUAGCGUAAAGAUCGCGGACCUUCUUCCUAAUUAAGGUUGUUAUAGCUUUAACUCUAAUCCACCUAAGUACGUGUGAGGUGUGAGGACGUCAGUGUACAACCAUGUUUUACUAGGAUAGUAUUUAGGCACAUCUAUUUUCAGAAAUCACUAGCAAACUUCGACAAUACAAGCAUAAUUAUGUAAUUAAUAUAGUAGUAGGUAAUAAGGUAAUUAAAAUUUCCAUCACAUAGGGCGUAUGAUCUUCGAUUGACGUUAGUGUUAAUAUUAUUCUAUUUUCUUUAACAGUUUGAAAUUAUCUCACGAAUCUUACGACUGAUUUAUUUUGAUCCGUGAUUUUAUUGAUUGUUGUAAAAUGUCAAUUACUUUCAAUUUGCAGCUUUCAUCACGUUGUAGUCCUUUAAAAGAACACAUUUUAACUCAAUUUGUAGAUAUCGUCCAUUGUAGACGAUUUAUGGAACUGUUUAAACAAAUGAGUGGUUAUAUAGAUUCACUCCAAAAAAUAUCGUUAAUGUUAUAGGUGUAGAAAUAGGGUAGUUACCAAAUGUCAAAAAUAAUAAUUUAUAUGGGACUUGUAAGGAGAUGACGUCACUGUAUAAUAGUCAAAAACUGUUUCAAAUAUACAUUAAAAAUUAAAUUCAAAAUAUACAUUAAAUAUUACGUUUAUAAUAAAAUUGAUCAAUUAAGUUGACAAAUGUUGCGCGAGAUCACAUGCGCAAAACAUUUCUAUUCGUGGCACAGGCAGCUGCCCUAUAGUAAGUGACGUAGGUAAUAUGUAUUUAUUGAGCAAAAUGUCGCGCUUUUUACGCUGCGGUACCGCUCGUGCCCAGACGGAACCAAUGUUUACUAGGCUAACGAAAUAGAGGUCUAACUAUUUUCUAAGAAGCUAUUAAACUUAUGCGUUUACUUUCAUAAAUCUCGCCUUAUUUUCUUCGUUGACUACUGUCUAGCUGAUAGUCGUUAGUGAUAAAAUUAGGCACUAAUAAUAAUGUACAAUAACACCCUCUCUGCCUUAGUGAUGCUAUUCUUACCCCUAAUGCUACGACGAUAUCACAUUAGAACAAAAUUAUUAUGUACCUUGUAAAUACGAAUUCUUAUGCUGAUGUGUUAUAUAUGUGCACUAUGGAAAACUUAAAUUCCUAACAAUGGUCCAAACUUCACUCGCUUUUUAAUUUGUACUAUACGAUUAUACAAUUAUCUCUAUUUAGAUAAAGAAAUAAUAAAUUAGUCUAGAUUAAAACGUAUGCUUUAAUUUUAUUUUAAUAGAUGUAAAUCAUGUAUUUGUCAAAAUGCUUAAUUUUCAUAAAGUUUUAUGAAAAAGGUGGAUACCAAAUGCAGUAUUUUUAUUUUGUACUCUACAUCUUUGUACCCGAAUAAAAGCAAUAAUCUAAAA